GCAUAUUGGCGUCCAAGACGAAGCAAACAAACUUGUGUAUUUUGUAAGCUUUGUAAAAUAGCUAAAAAUGUCGUUUAAAGGCUCCAAAGUGCAAAAGGUGAUGGUUCAACCCAUCAACCUUAUCUUCCGUUACCUACAGAAUCGAUCCCGUGUGCAAGUGUGGCUGUACGAAAACACGCAUCUCCGAAUAGAAGGACACAUUGUCGGUUUCGAUGAAUACAUGAAUCUGGUGUUGGACGAGGCAGAAGAAUUUAAUAUAAAGAAACAGACCCGGCGUCAACUUGGGCGUAUCAUGCUGAAAGGAGACAACAUAACACUCAUCCAGAACGUGCAGAAUUAGCCGGUGUUAUGUAGCAAUGAGAUGUGUUUGGAAGUAAAUAACCUCUAAUUUAAGCUGUCUGAUGCUCCACGUUCACCGAAUCGAGCAUUUGAUAAAACGUCAGAAUACAACUGGAUUGAAGACGAAUAAAACGCUUGUAGAAGCGAAUUUGCAUCUACGAAACGAACCCCCUCGCCG